AUGGCGACGAAUUUUUCACGUUUGCCACCCCUACCAUCAUUAAAGAAUUUCCUGUAUGCAUAUCGACUACAAGCCAAGAAAAUCCUCUCACAAAAUUAUCUAAUGGAUAUGAAUUUAACACGAAAGAUAGUAAGACAAGCAGAAGUGAAGCAAGGCGAUUGUGUUGUUGAGGUUGGACCUGGCCCAGGAUCAAUUACUCGUGCUAUUUUGGAAACGAAUUGUCGACGACUUGAUGUCAUCGAAAUUGACCAUCGCUUCAUUCCACCACUUGAAGUGCUCAAGGAAGCAAGCGAAGAGCGUAUGUUCAUUCAUCGGGCUGAUAUUUUAAAAACAGAUGUUGAACAAAUUUGGUCCCAGGCUGGUGUGGAACGUGUUCCUUGGGAAGAUGAUAGACUUCCAUUGGCGCAUAUCAUUGGAAAUUUACCUUUCAAUAUUGCUUCUCCACUUAUUAUAAAAUUUCUUCGUGAAAUGUUAUAUCGUCAAGGACCGUGGUCAUUUGGACGUGUCCCAUUGCUGCUGACGUUUCAGAUGGAAGUAGCAGAACGUCUUUGUGCCCCAAUUGAUUCCCCAUUUCGGGCUAGAAUUUCAAUUAUGUCUUCAUUCAUAACCGAACCCAAAUUACUUUUUCAAAUACCAGGGCGGUGCUUUGUUCCACCUCCUAAGGUUAAUGUCGGCGUGGUACGCUUUAUUCCAAGGCAGGACCCACUGAUUAAAACAUCCUUCGAGGUGGUGGAAAAAGUUUGCCGACGCAUUUUUAACUACAGGCAAAAAUAUGUUAUAAAAGGAGUUCGAAGUCUUUAUCCGAAAGAACUGGCAAAAAAUUUGGCGAAUGACUUAUUGGAACGAUGCAGAAUUGAUCCCACAACUACUGCAAUAUGUCUUGGAGUAGAACAGUUUGCUGACGUAUGCUACGUUUAUGAGGAACAUUGCCGAAAAUAUCCUGGUGUAUAUUUGUACGAACAUUCAAAUCAAGGUCGUACUCUGGAAGAACUUGCACGACUUCCAAAUGCUGUACCACCGCCAAAUCCCUUUGAUAAGGAAUUUCCAUCGGAAGGUGUGAAAUUCUCAGAUGCUGUAGAAUUAUUUCAGGAAUGCAACAUGGGAAAAUGA